AUGUUUUACAAAGAAAAUGAGGACGAAGGUUUAAUAUCUGAUAUCAAGAACAUGAGAGAGAAACUAAAUUUAGCUCUAAAAGAUGAUGGUGGCCUUUCGAAAGACUUUGUUGAUAUCUGUAUCUCGUUUAUGGAAGAUCCUGCAAAUUACAUUGAAGAUCUUGCUGGAAUAUCAGAAUAUAUCGAAAAUAUUAGUCAUGAUGUCGAAAUGAUUCUUGUACAAUAUGGAUUUUUCCGACGUUUUUCAGAAUUUUUGUCAUUAAUACCUCAAGGAACAGAAGAAUUACUAUUAGAACUAUUAUACAGCUUCUCUUAUUUAUCAUCAGAUGCUAUUUUAGCACUUACAAACGCAUUUGGCAAUAUAAAAUUUUUAGCUGCAAAAAUUUUUGCAAAAGACAAAAGUGCUGAAACAGCAAUAGAUACAAUUUAUAAUUUUUCGUGCUCAGAUAAUCGAAAUAUACUUUCAAACCUACUAAUGGCCGGAAUUCAUAUUAAUAUUGCUACAAUCUGUACAGUUUUUAUACAAAAAGAAGAAUUAUCCGAAUUUUUCCAAACUUGUGUUAAAACGCUCAUGAAUCUUGCAAAACAAGCCGAUCAAAAUUGUUUAUCUACAAUUUUCUUUCCAUUAGUAUCAAAACUCUUCGAUGUUCCUGAUCCAAAGAUAUUAAGAUAUUCAGCAAGUAUUCUUUCAACAAUUAGAUGUCAAAUAGAUAACGAAAUUUUUGCAAAUCCUGAAUUUUAUUCUCAUUUGUUUGAUUUAUGUCUUUCUAAUAUUAAUAAUACAAAAUUUGUGUCUUUUAUGAUGAAGUUCUUUUCAAACAGAGCCAGAAAACUACCAGAAGCCCAAAUUUUUGUCGAUAUAAACAUUUUGGAUUUCAUUGCAGCAUGUUUGAACGCUUUACAAGAAUGGAAUGAAUCAUGGGCAAGAUGUGCAGUAUCAAUAUGUGAAAGUAUAUUCAGAAAUGUCCAAAAUAGUUCUGAAAUUUUUAAUUGUGAUUUUUAUUAUCAAUUAAUCAGAUAUUUAUUGAAUAAUUGUACAUUUGAUGCUAAAUACAACGCAUUGACAUCAUUUGUUGAAUUAAUUUUGCACCUUCCAGAUUCAAUUUGCGCAACAAUUGUUGUUUCGGUUGAAGACAUCAUUGAUGACAUUAUGUUUGGUUUAGACACUAAUAAUGAACGCUGCUGCGCUUUGACACUCGAAUUGUUGUUAAAACUUCAACAUUUGGAUACAAUUUGCAAUUCUGAGUUCUGUAUAAAUAUAAUUGAGAAGAAUGAACUGUUUGAUCAAUUGGAAGAACUCGCUGAAUCAGAAUUUGAAAGUAUUUGCGAAUUAUCAAGGCAAUUACUUUCCCAAUUAGCUCCAAAAGAGUAA